CAUCACGGUCUCACCUACACCUCUGCUCAGAGCCGCGACGCCCCUCCCUCUCCCGGUCCACACCGAUAAAUGGGUUAAUGCUGUCACCAGGAGAAGACAAAUGAACCGAGCCACAACAGGAGAUCCCUUUCUUCCGAACUAGUCCCUCUUCGCUCGUCGUUGCUGCUUUAUCGAUUAAAGAAACAUUCUCCUUCAUUUGUUUUUGUGAUUCGGAAAAUAUUUGAUCUGCAAGAUUUAUUGAGACAGAGUAGCGGACUGGUAUCACCGGCGCUCCAGAUCCGUGGGCGACUGGGCAGGGAGGUGUCUGUCGAUCUGUCUGCUGCAGGAGUGAAUCAUUGCGUCGGGGCUCGGAAGAUUAGACACCCCGCUUAUCACCACUCCAACUCCCGGAGGUCUCUGAUGGUAUUUGGAGAUAGAGACGGAUAAGUGAGCCAAUUCAAAUAGAUUACAGCUAAGCUGAUAUCGUCUGUGCACCUAUCAAGUAGCCUGCCCUAUAGGAUUUGAAAUGGGUUUUUAAAAAGGCACUACAAGUCUCACUGGAUCACUUGGACCAGUGACGUUUUGGCGUUUGACAUAUCAGGUGAUCUUGAAGAGUGAAAAGAAAAGAUUUGAAGAUCAUUACAUUUUGGGGGGCAUCCCAAUCACUUCAAGAAAAUAGCUGUCUGAUAUGAGUGUAAACAGAGUCGAGUCUGGGUGACCUCCCCCCCACCCCCACCCCCCAGCCUGAUAAAAACGGAUUGAAUCUUAAUUGACCGGAUCAGCGUUUUAACAGAGAGAAGAUGCCGUUCCACCACGUCAGGUCUACUCUGCUCUACACUGGAAGUCUCCUGAGCCGGACACUGUCUGAAGGGAGCGAAACCUUCCAACUCACCAGCAUCUCCACAGAGGAGCUAGGAGAGAUCCGGGAGGCGUUCCGGGUGCUGGACCGGGAUGGGAACGGGUUCAUCUCUAAGCAGGAGCUGGGCAUGGCUAUGAGAUCCCUGGGGUACAUGCCCAGUGAGGUGGAGCUGGCCAUCAUCAUGCAGAGACUAGACAUGGAUGGUGAUGGUCAGGUUGACUUUGAGGAGUUUGUGACGAUAUUGGGACCCAAACUGCUGUCGUCUGAGACCAGAGAAGGUUUCCUUGGAAGCACCAUCGAUAACAUCUUCUGGCAGUUUGACAUGCAGCAGAUGUCCCUGGAUGAGCUGAAGCAGGUUCUGUUUCACGCAUUCCGAGACCACCUGACGAUGAAGGACAUCGAGAACAUCAUCAUCAACGAAGAGGAGAGCCUCAACGAGACAGGGAACUGCCCCGAGUACGAGGGAGUCCAUCCUAAGAAGAAGAACAGACAGACAUGCGUGAGGAAGAGUCUGAUCUGCGCCUUCGCCAUGGCCUUCAUCAUCAGCGUCAUGCUCAUCGCGGCCAAUCAGAUGCUGCGGAACGGCAUGGAGUAAGCCAAUCACACUGUGAGCCUGGGGAGUGGGCCUUACAGUUAUAUGACCUCACUUCCUCUCUCUGCAGCAAAAACAGGAAGACAGACCAGCCAGAACCCAAACACCUCUGUGAAGGACAACUAUCUGUUAUUUUAAUGAAGUUUGUUUUGAUUUAUAUCAUGAACAGUACACAGACAAGAGAGUGCAAGUACUGAAGGAUGCACACGGAAAAUGUCAUUUUCAGUGGAAAAAAGACAAAUCAAAUCAAUGCCACUAGGAGGACUUGAUGAACAGACUGGACAUGAUACAAAGCAAUCUUUUAUAUUUUGUGGGCAUAAAGGGAUUCCUUUCAUUUCUGUAUCAGAGAAGGCCACCCCUUUAAGAAUGAUUUUCUAACCACCCCUUUAAAAGAAAUGUUUUUUUUUUUUUACCUCCUAUUUAAAAGAUCAAUUGUCUAAUCAAAAGCAAUCUAUUGAACGUGCAUCAGGUGCUUUGAGCCAUUCCUAAUUUUUAACUGAACUUUUGGUUCUGGGUUUACUUCAGGAGGGCAACAUUACCUGACUGGCGCUCCUGCUGUUUAAUGUUUUAAACUGUAUCUAAACGUGUUAAUCUGUUCUUUUUAUUAUUAUUCUACUACUAUCUUAUAUUUACAUUUUAUAGUCACUCACCUGUGGACAUUAUACCAAUCGAUUUUUACACUGUAACAGAGAUGGUUCGCGAUUUGAGGACAAACUUGUGUUAGCUCCCAGAACAAACCCCUAGGCUUUAGCUCAGCUGACUUCCAUAGUCUUAAAUCACAUAGACAUCAUUCUACACCUGACAUUCCCUCCCUCACAAUGUUCCUACGGUAUAGUCAACUGUCUGUCUGUCUGUAUGUCUGUCUGUCUGUAUGUCUGUCUGUAUGCACUGCAUGUGACUCAGUGGAUAUUUAAAGGCACUGUAUGUAUGUACAGUAUUUACCGUAUGUCGUGUCACUACGUGUCCAUAGGGCGGUGUUCUGUGUAUGAUCAACUGUCCUCAAAGGCUUGGAACAUGAAACACCUGGCCUUCUUGGUCCAUGAAUAAUAAGGUUGUGGUCUGAAAUGUCUUUGACCAGGCCAUGUAAGAUUGCUUUUCAUUCCAGAAAGUUGUUGUUUUCCCCCCUCAGCCCACGUUCACUCGCCUUCACAGAUCUGACAGGACUGACUGGAUGGAUGAAACAACAUGGUGGAAUCUCCACCUCCUAUCCAAUCUGUCUGGAUGGAUGAAAGCAACAUGGUGGAAUCUCCACCUCCUAUCCAAUCUGUCUGGAUGGAUGAAAGCAACAUGGUGGAAUCUCCACCUCCUAUCCAAUCUGUCUGGAUGGAUGAAAGCAACAUGGUGGAAUCUCCACCUCCUAUCCAAUCUGACUGGAUGGAUGAAAGCAACAUGGUGGAAAGUCCACCUCCUAUCCAAUCUGUCUGGAUGGAUGAAAGCAACAUGGUGGAAUCUCCACCUCCUAUCCAAUCUGUCUGGAUGGAUGAAAGCAACAUGGUGGAAUCUCCACCUCCUAUCCAAUCUGUCUGGAUGGAUGAAAGCAACAUGGUGGAAUCUCCACCUCCUAUCCAAUCUGACUGGAUGGAUGAAAGCAACAUGGUGGAAUCUCCACCUCCUAUCCAAUCUGUCUGGAUGGAUGAAAGCAACAUGGUGGAAAGUCCACCUCCUAUCCAAUCUGACUGGAUGGAUGAAAGCAACAUGGUGGAAAGUCCACCUCCUAUCCAAUCUGACUGGAUGGAUGAAAGCAACAUGGUGGAAAGUCCACCUCCUAUCCAAUCUGACUGGAUGGAUGAAAGCAACAUGGUGGAAAGUCCACCUCCUAUCCAAUCUGACUGGAUGGAUGAAAGCAACAUGGUGGAAAGUCCACCUCCUAUCCAAUCUGACUGGAUGGAUGAAAGCAACAUGGUGGAAUCUCCACCUCCUAUCCAAUCUGACUGGAUGGAUGAAAGCAACAUGGUGGAAUCUCCACCUCCUAUCCAAUCUGUCUGGAUGGAUGAAAGCAACAUGGUGGAAAGUCCACCUCCUAUCCAAUCUGACUGGAUGGAUGAAAGCAACAUGGUGGAAAGUCCACCUCCUAUCCAAUCUGACUGGAUGGAUGAAAGCAACAUGGUGGAAAGUCCACCUCCUAUCCAAUCUGACUGGAUGGAUGAAAGCAACAUGGUGGAAAGUCCACCUCCUAUCCAAUCUGACUGGAUGGAUGAAAGCAACAUGGUGGAAAGUCCACCUCCUAUCCAAUCUGACUGGAUGGAUGAAAGCAACAUGGUGGAAAGUCCACCUCCUAUCCAAUCUGUCUGGAUGGAUGAAAGCAACAUGGUGGAAUCGCCAACACUUAUCCAAUCUGAAGGCUUGUUUUCUUGACACCUACUGUACCAGGGCCCAUAUUCACAAAGCAUCUCAGAGUAUGAAGGCUGAUCGAGGAUCAGUUUUCCCUUUUAAAUCAUAUUCAUUAAGACUAUAUAGACAGGGAGGGGGUGCUGAUCCUAGACUGAAUACGGGCCCAGUCAGAUGUCUUAGAUCUGUGAGACGGACUAGGGGAGUGAACGAGCUAGGGCAGAGGAAGAGAAGCAACCUUUUAUGAUGAACUACACGCUCAGACCUGGACAGAUCAAAUAUUUAUACUAAAAUAUAUAUUCCAUUACCUCUACAUCAAUAUGCAUGUAGUUGCUAUUUUAGUAUUCCUUUCCUUUGGAGGAUGAAGGUUAAAAUCAAUUCAACCUUUCCUAUGGCCUUGAUUUUAAAUGUGUGUACUGUGUGUAUGGACUACUAUUACAUUUCACUUUCAGAUUUAUACUGAAUUCUCUAUUUAUUCCAGCUAUUAAUCAAAUCAGAAUGCAGAGGGGAAUAUUUGGUCAUAAAUAUGCAAAUACAAGGUCACAUGGCCAUAAUCACCACCUAGCUGUUUCCAUCUCUUUUACACUGCUUGUCAUAGGACUGCAUGACUCACUGAGGCCUGGGGCCACAUGUAUCAAGCAUCUCUGAGUAGGAGAGGCUGAUCUAUGGACAGGAUGGAGCUGAUCAGUACUGCUACUUUCAAAUACAUACUGUUCUUCACACAGUAACGUGUUCAAGUCAAAGUGUAUUCGUUUGCAGAGGUCUUUCAUUGUUGAAAUGUUUUCACUCUCAAUACCACAUGUUUAGGCUACUAUAAUGUAUAGAUAUUGUUGGCCAUGUAGUGUAGUUCUUCACACUCAAAAUCAUCUUGCUGUCUCAGAUAUCUAAAUAUAUUUAUAUGUAAUUGCAAAGAAACAUUCUGGCCCAUUGGUACAUUAGUCUAUUAUUGUUAUAAGCCAUUAUGGUCCCUGACACCAGCAUCUAAUCGUAAUGUGUAUCUAUAUUAGUCAUAGUUUUAAUAUUGUAAAUGUUUCUGUCAUAUCUUUUCCAACCUGGUAAAGGGGAUGUACUUGGGCUAAGAGAGAGAGUCUAUAACCAGCACUGGUGGUUUGGAGACCUGUGAUUUUGCGAUCAGUGGAGGCUGGUGGGAGGAACUAUAGAAGGACAGGCUCAUUUUAAUGUCUGAAAUGGAACAGAGACAAACAUUCGAUUUGCAUAUGUUUGAUGUGUUUGAUACAGUUACAUUUAUUCCAUUCAAGCCAUUACAAUGAGCCCAUCCUCCUACAGCUCCUUUCACCAGCCUCCAUUGUUUGAGAUUAUAUAAAUGCCAAUAUGUUUAUGGAGAAAUCUAAAAAGAAAGAAAAAUAGCAAUAUUAAUGAUGGUAACAUACAAAUAAAGAUAUGUAGUCUGUACAAACAUAAUCAACCUGUGGUUAUGCAAUAAAAUCUUUUUUUAUAUAUAGAAACAAAAAACAGUUCUGUUUUUCUAGUGAAUGAAUAGACCACUUCCCAAUAGUCUUGUUUUACGUGUAUACCUUUCAUAACUUGGCCACUGGGUGGAGGCAGUGAGCUGCAUCUGACAGCGCUAUAGAUAAAUGAACCAUUCUACUGUACCUGUUUUAAGCCGCGUUUACACGUUGCACUAACAUGUGAUUUUAGUGAUCUGAUCAACAUGAUUCAAUUAUUUUCUAAUCAAAGUUUGCCAAGUCUACAUGUUGUAUUAAAAUAGCUGUGUUUACACAGCCAGACCAA